CUCGGUACCGCCGGGCGCCGGGAAGUGGAGAGAAGCGCUCGCAGCCAUGGAUCGCGGGGCCGCCCGGGGCCCCGGGCGCCCGGCUCCCCCGCCGCCGGCUGCGCUCUGAAAGAAAGGAGGCUCAGAUGAGUCCCUGCUGACUUGAGAGAGAAAGAGAGACCACGCUGAUUGCUGAGAGGAACUGGAGGAAGAAACAAAUUCCUAAACUCAGCGAGAAAAAGGCACUCGCCAUGAGCAGCGCUGUGUUACUGCCUCGGCUCCCAGAUCCCAGCAGCAGCUUCCGCGAGGAUGCCCCGCGGCCCCCAGUGCCCGGGGAAGAGGGGGAGACCCCACCGUGCCAGCCGGGCGUGGGAAAGGGCCCGGCCGCCAAGGCCCCGCCCGUCUCCCCCAGCGCCCGGCGGAACGAGGGCGGGCUGGGGGAGCCGGAGGGCCGGGCGUCCCCGGACUCCCCGCUGACCAGGUGGACCAAGUCUCUGCACUCCUUGCUGGGCGAUCAGGACGGUGCUUAUCUCUUCCGGACUUUCCUGGAGCGGGAGAAAUGCGUGGAUACUUUAGACUUCUGGUUCGCCUGCAAUGGAUUCCGGCAGAUGAACCUGAAGGAUGCCAAAACUUUACGAGUAGCCAAAGCGAUCUACAAAAGGUACAUCGAGAACAACAGCAUCGUCUCCAAGCAGCUGAAACCUGCCACCAAGACGUACAUUCGGGACAGCAUCAAGAAGCAGCAGUUCGACUCGGUGAUGUUUGACCAGGCCCAGACCGAGGUCCAGGCUGUGAUGGAGGAGAAUGCCUACCAGAUGUUUCUGACUUCGGACAUAUACCUCGAGUACGUGAGGAGCGGGGGCGAGAACCCAGCUUACCUGAGUCACGGGGGCCUGGGGAGCCUCAGGCUCGUGUGUGGCUACCUCCCCACCUUGAACGAAGAGGAGGAGUGGACUUGUGCCGACUUCAAGUGCAAACUUCCCCCCACUGUGGUGGGCUUGUCCAGCAAGACCCUGAGGGCCACAGCCAGCGCGCGGGCCAUGGACAGCGUUGAAAGCGGGUACAGGUCCUUCAGGAGGAGCGACCCCGUGAACCCGUACCACGUGGGCUCCGGCUACGUCUUCGCACCGGCCACCAGCGCCAACGACAGCGAGAUCUCCAGUGACGCGCUGACCGACGACUCCAUGUCCAUGACGGACAGUAGCGUAGAUGGCGUCCCUCCCUACCGCGUGGGGAGUAAGAAGCAGCUGCAGAGAGAGAUGCACCGGAGCGUGAAGGCCAACGGUCAAGUGUCCCUACCUCACUUCCCGAGAACCCACCGGCUGCCCAAGGAGAUGACCCCCGUGGAGCCUGCCGCCUUCGCGGCGGAGCUCAUCGCGCGGCUGGAGAAGCUGAAGCUGGAGCUGGAGACGCGGCACAGCCUGGAGGAGCGGCUGCAGCAGAUCCGAGAGGAAGAGGAGAAGGAGGGCUCGGAGCUGGCGCCGGGCUCCCGGGAGGCGGGGCCCGCGCCGCACCCCCUCUGCCUCCUGCCGUCUAGCAGCUAUGAGGAGGACCCGCAGACCAUCCUGGACGACCACCUGUCCAGGGUCCUCAAGACCCCCGGCUGCCAGUCCCCGGGCGUGGGCCGCUACAGCCCCCGUGCGCGCUCCCCCGACCACCACCACCGCCACCACCUGCAGCCACACCGUGCGCUGCCCCCACCCGGGGGCGCCCUGCCCCCCGCCGCCCUCCCGGCCAGCUGCUCCCUCCUUGGGGCCAGGGGCUUCGUGAGCAGGCAGACCACGAAGCACGUGCACCACCACUACAUCCACCACCACGCCGGCCCCCGGACCAGGGACGAGGCGGAGGUCGAGGCCGCGCCAAGGGCGCGCUGCCCCUGCCCGGGCCCCGGGGGCGCCGACUACUCCUACUGCACCAAGUGCAGGAGCCUCCCCGGGGUCCCCGAGCCGGCGGGGGCCGCCCAGCUCGGCCGGGGCGGUGCCCCCUCCAGACGAAGCGCGAGAGGCUCCGAGCCGGGCCCUGCCGCGCCCGCCCGGGAAGCCGGGGCCCCUGGUGGAAUGGGGUCCCUGCAGCCGCCUGGGGAGGAAGGAGACAGGGCGCAGGUCGUGUGGCAGUGGGUGCUAGAGAGCGAGCGGCCCGGAAAGCCCAAGCCCCACAGCGCCCAGAGCACCAAGCGGGCCUACCCCACGGAGUCGGCCCGCGCGUCCCCAGCCGAGCGGGCCGGCCGCCACCACCUGUGGGGGGGCAGCACCGGGCACCCCCGCGCCGCCCCCCGUGCCCACCCCGUGUGCACCCAGGACUCCGCGGUGCCUCCCCUGACCCCGCCUAACACCCUGGCCCAGCUGGAGGAGGCGUGCCGCCGGCUGGCCGAAGUGUCUAAGCCCCCGAAGCAGCGGUGCUGUGUGGCCGGUCAGCAGAGGGACAAGAGCCACCCGGGCCCCGGGGUGCCGGGCGCCGCGCCCUUCUCCAGCCCGAGCCCCGCUUCGGAGGACCACAAGGAGCCCAAGAAGCUGGCAGGGGUGCAUGCGCUCCAGGCCAGCGAGCUGGUGGUCACUUAUUUCUUCUGCGGGGAGGAGAUUCCGUACCGGCGGAUGCUGAAGGCCCAGAGCCUGACUUUGGGCCACUUUAAGGAGCAGCUCAGCAAAAAGGGGAACUACCGGUAUUACUUCAAAAAGGCGAGCGACGAGUUCGCGUGCGGAGCGGUGUUCGAGGAGGUCCGGGACGACGAGGUGGUCUUGCCCAUGUACGAGGGCCGCAUCCUGGGCAAGGUGGAGAGGAUCGACUGAGCCCCGGCCCAGCCUUUCUCCGCCAGGGCGAGCACGACCCUGCCCCACGAACGAAGUGCAAACUGGUGAAGACGCCGAAGGCGGGAGGAGCGCGGGGCCGGUCUUCACCCUUCACUCUUCAGCCUGGCGCUGUGGUGAGGAAAGCCGGAACUGCUUAUAAAAACGUGACCACUCGGCGCCGGCGAAGCUGACUGUGCCCGAGAGGCUGCCGCGUGUCCUGUGUGACCGCCCGGGCUUAAAUCCAGCCCCAGCUCACCUGGACAGGAGUCCCUGCUGGUAUUUAUUGAACAGGCUCCCCGCGCCCAGCGUGUGGACGCGGGAGAGGGAGUAGUUCUCUGUCACCGAGAAUUCAGCUCCGCGUGAAGACAGACUGUUCGGGGUGGCGCCCUGCCGCCCGCACACGCGGAAAUCGGUGCAUUUUCCACCCACCGCCCCGCGCUGCCCUGUUUUGUCACAAAGGUCUGGAGGCCUGGUGUGGCGGGCCUGUCAAAGGGAUGAUCGUUGGGGGGGAAGGAGCCUCCCUGGGGCCCAGGUCCAUCCUGUGACUUCUGGGGCUCCCCGCCCCACAGCCGACACCCACUGCAGCCACGUGGUUCGACUCGUGCUUUUAUGGAAAUGGUGGUCCUUGGCGUUUUUUACAGAUUACUCUGAAGCCCAGCCGUUCUGGAAGCUCCUCCUCACCUCACCCCCGCCCUGCAAAGAAGCGAACAGCUUUGGGAAGACUGGCCCCAGCACUCUCCCCCCAGACACCUUCCGUGUGUUGGCGUUGGGGUUUUCACUUAACUUAUAUCUGUGCGUUCUGCCCGCCGUCGUCCCCUGAACCCGCGUCUGUAUAUAUUGUACGGAGAGAGUUUUCACCCACUGUCUCAGCUCGACCUUGAAUCAGUACAGUACCUGUACCUACACGGUGCCCGCGCCGUGUAUCGCCCUAUAUUGAGGGCUCAAGCUUUCCCUUGUUUUUUGAAAGGGGUUUAUGUACAAAUAUAUUUUAUGCCUUUUUAUUACAAGUCUUGUACUCAAUGACUUUUGCCAUGGCAUUUUGUUCUACUUAUACUGUAAAUUAUGCAUUAUAAAGAGUUCAUUUAAGGAAAAUUACUUGGUACAAUAAUUAUUGUAAUUAAGAGAUGUAGUCUUUAU